AUGGGUUGGUUAGUGGAAGCUCUUGUUGCUUCAAUAUUAUUGUCUUUGUGUUUUGCAAUAACAGAGUCAGCUCCAGAAUCUGCUCUCAUUACCAAGCUUCCUGGUUUCAACGGCAGCUUUCCAUCUAAACACUAUGCCGGGUAUGUGGCAAUAGAUAAAGAGGGUAGUAAGAAUCUAUGGUAUUACUUUGUGGAAUCAGAGAGAAAUGCUUCAAUAGAUCCAGUUGUGCUUUGGUUUAAUGGUGGUCCAGGUUGUUCUAGUAUGGAUGGAUUUGUCUAUGAGCAUGGUCCAUUCAAUUUCGAACAAACAAAGACAAACAAACAUCUUCUACAUCUAAAUCCUUAUAGUUGGUCUAAGGUGUCCAACAUCAUAUAUCUUGACUCUCCAGUUGGUGUGGGAUUCUCUUACUCAAAGAACAAGUCUGAUUACAUAACUAAUGAUACGAAAACCGCGUCUGAUUCUUACACAUUCCUUCUCAAGUGGUUUAAGAUGUUUCCAGAGUUUCAGUCAAAUCCGUUCUAUAUCUCAGGAGAAUCAUAUGCUGGUAUCUAUGUGCCAACUCUUGCUUCUAAAGUUGUCAAAGAAAAUAAAAAAGCAAUGAGAACAAACAAAACAAGUAAGAAAAAUCAGAAUGUGGCAAAGCCGAUCAUCAACUUAAAGGGAUAUUUGGUGGGUAAUGGAGUUGCUGAUGAAGUGUUUGAUGGUAAUGCUCUUGUUCCCUUCACACAUGGGAUGGGACUCAUCUCUGAUGAACUCUAUGAGGAAACUAAAUUAGUGUGCAAAGGAAAGUACUAUUCUGAUUACGAAGAUGAAAGUAGUGAAUGUAGUAAGAAGCUUACAAAAGUGAAAGAUACUGUGAGGCCAUUGAAUGUAUAUAACAUCCUAGAACCGUGCUACCACGGAACAUCUGAUCUAUCCGCUUUAGAUAUCGGAUCUCUGCCUAAGAGUCUCCUUACGUUAGGCAAAACAGAAAGGCCAAUGGCCGUGAGGAAAAGAAUGUUUGGUCGUGCGUGGCCUCUAGGUGCCAUUUUGCGUCCAGGCAUUGUACCUAGUUGGUCUCAACUCCUCGCUAGCUCUGGUGUUCCUUGCAUUAACGAUGUAGUUGCGACCAAAUGGUUGAACGAUCCAACUGUAAGGAAAGCGGUUCAUGCUAAAGAGGAAAGCGAGAUUGGAGGCUGGCACUUAUGCUCAGACAAACUCGAAUAUUCGCACGACACUGGUAGCAUGAUUGAACACCAUAGAAACCUAACUCUUAAUGGCAUUCGUGCUCUCAUUUACAGCGGAGAUCAUGAUAUGUGUGUACCAUAUACUGGCUCUGAAGCAUGGACUAAGGCAAUGGGAUACAAAGUAGUUGAUGAAUGGAGACCAUGGACUUCAAAUAACCAAGUCGCCGGAUUUACACAAGGGUAUGCGAACAAUCUCACAUUUAUAACCAUCAAAGGUGCAGGACAUACCGUUCCAGAAUACAAACCGCGUGAGGCUUUGGACUUCUAUAGCCGUUUCCUAGCAGGAGAAAAGAUUUAGAUUAAAAACUUUCAUGUUCAUUAACAAAA